AUGAAAUCAAGUUAUGACGAUUCCAUCAUGAUGGUUGAUGAGUCGUCUAGCAGUACGAGAUUCAAAAGACAUAGCACGAAUAGUCAUCAUCAUCACAAUAAUCAAUUUAGUGAUAGUCAUUUCAUUGAUGAUUGUAGUACUCAAUUAUUGUCAUCAUCUUCAUCGUCGUCAAUGUCAUCAUCAUCAUCAUUAUCAAUGUCAUUGUCAACGACAUGUUAUAUCUAUUCAUUGCCAGUCGAGGUAUUUGAGCAAGUUAUGAAGAACUUUAGCUCAAAGGAAAUCUCAUUAAAGGAUAUUAGUUUAUCACCUUUAUAUCUAAGUGAUGACAAUUCAUUGAGAAUUACAAAUCAUCAUCAAUUACAACAACAACAGCCAGAUCAACAACAACCAAUACAACAACAACAACCGGAUCAACAACAACAACAACAACCACUUUACAUACAUAAUCAUCAUUUAAAUAUUAUACCACCACCUCCACCAAAUCAUCAUGAUUUACUUAAAUCAAAUAUCAAUACUCAUCAUCAUCACAAUUACAAUAGUCACUCUCCUAAUAGUAAUACAAUUAUAUUAAAUACUAGGAAAUCAAAACCAGAUUCUACUCUUUUUAUUCAAUCAAAGAAAAAAAUAACACCAUUACCAUUUGGUAAUUUUACUGUUGCCUAUUUUGAAAUAACAUUAUUGGCUGCUGGAAUUGAUCAAAAUAUAUUUAUUGGUUAUUCCCUUUCUUGUGAACAAUAUGAUAAGAAACAAGUUUUAAAGACAAAUGUUUCAUUUCAUGGAGGUGAUGGAGGAAUGUAUUAUACACCGGUGAUGGGAAAGGAAAUUAGUGAACCUUGGAUGCGCAAUGAUACGGUUGGAUGUGGUUAUGAUUUUUCACAAAAAGUUAUCUUUUUCACAAAGAAUGGAGUGUUGCUGGGCAAGUCAUCGUUGCCAAUCAGCAUUACAAAGUUGUAUGCUACUAUUGGCACUAUCUCUUAUGGAGACAAAUUUUCAAUCAAUUUUGGAGGAGAUGGAGCUAAACGUUUUGAAUAUGAUAUAGUUCAAUAUCAACAAGAACAUCAACAGCAACAGCAACAGCAGCAACAACAACAACAACAACAGAUACCUACACCAUCAGGUACCCAUUUUAUAUAUCCAUUGUAUAGUUUACAACAACAAAUGCAAGAAAAGUUUUUGGUAGAGUAUUUUGAGGACGAGUACUCCAAGUAUCAUGACGAAGAAAUGAACAAGAUUGCGACACCAAUCAACAAGGAGAUUGCGUAUCUGUCGAAUCUGGUCGAUUUUGAGACUGACCGCAUCAUGAAGAACAAGAUACACAAGUAUUGUCAUCAAAUUGGACAGCAGAUAAACGGAGGGUUUGCAAUCCCACCCGAAGACCAGAAUAUUGCAGAGUUGCGUCGUGGGUUGGCUUGGUACUGGGUGGCGACCAAACAACACUAUCUGCUGCUCUACUUUGCACGUGUGUCGGCUCAGUCGGCCGAGAUUGAUCUUAAGUACAGUCCGGCACGCGAUCUCGACUUUUCGCACGCAUCUGACGAUAUAGAGUACGCCGAGGAGAUUGCCAAGCGCCGAAUGGCCAAGGAUAUCGGUGUGUUGCUCUCUUCACAGUACGACAUUUCACAUCCGUUUGUGAUGAGUGUCAUACGACAUGCGCGACAGACUCUUCGCCGUUUCAACCAAAACAUGACGGCACAGGAGCGAUCCAUCUUUAACGACUUUGAGCAGAUGUUGCAGGCGGCCGAGCAAGCCGACCAGCGCAUGUUUCUCGCACUUUCACUCUCCAUCAUCACGCAAACCAAGGAAAUCAUCAAAAACACAAAAUCAAGACAAGACAAACGUUUCCAUUACUUUAAAAAGGAAAAGGAAAUGAAACAAAGAGAAUUAAAAGAAUUGGAAUCUUUUGGUUUUAUAAAUAAUAACGAACAACAACAAGAUAAUAAUAAUAAUAAUAAUAACGCAACUACUACUACGACUACUACUACACAUGGUGGAAAUAGGAUCAUUACAACUAUAUUUAAUCAAAUUAAAUUUGAAGAUUUUAUUAAAGUAUGGCAAGAGAAAAUAGAGGAGCAAAGAUUAUCACAACAACAAGAUGAUGAAGAAAAGGUGACAAAGAGUGCAAAAGUAGAAAAACGAUUGAAUCUCUUAAAGAAGCAAAGCGAUGCUCUAAGAUUGGAAAUUACAUUACUCAAUCAACAACAAGGAGGUGGUAGUGGUGGCGGUGCUGGUGUACCAUUGUCUGACCAUUGUAUAGAUAUUAUUGCUUGGACAUCACUCCGUCUAUCAAACAAUAUCAAGGAAAUCUCUUCAAUUGCAACAUCAAAGAAUGCAGUAUUGGAAACAUUGCAACAGGAUCGCAUACGUCUGGAGAAUGAAAUGAAAAUACAAUUCAACAUUCUUUAUCCAUCUGCAUCGGAAAGCAAGUUUAAUCAAUUUUACAAUCCUCAUCAAAAAUACUAUAGUAACAGUAUGACAGAGUCGUCAAAUAGUAGUAAUAGUAAUAACAAUAACAACAACAGAGUAGAUGAUGAAGAUGAUGAUGACGACGAUGAUGGUAAUAGAGUUGGAGUACCACUCAAUGAUCUUGGAAUCGAGAUUCAAGAAGAUAUUGUCAGACCUUUGAAAAGAAUGGCACGUGCACGAAAUAAUCGAAGGCUUGUUAAAACUCUUGCAAUCAGUACUGUUGUUAUAUCUCUAGUGAUUGUUAUUAUAAUAACAUUGACCAUUCUAUUGGUUUCAAAAUAA